AUGUCCGGAUUUGCGGCGGCGGGCCUCGUGGCCUUCGACUCCAUCAAGUCCAAAGCAUCGCGGAAACUUGCUGGAUUAAGAAGAAGUAAUGCCGGCUACGAGGAAUUCGAGAUGCCCCGCGAGGGUAGCAAAGACAAUAAGGGGUUCGAGGAUGAGAGAGAAUACAGUAGACAAGCUUCGUUCGAAUCACUCCCGGAACCUGAACGACCCCCAUUGCGCCAUAUCGAUACUUAUUGCAAACCAGAAUGUCCCUGCCUAUCGAAAAGAUACACCAUUGCCACUUUGGCCUGUAUAGGAUUUAUAAUCUCAUUCGGCAUGAGGUGUAACAUGGGAAUGGCGAAAAUGGCCAUGAAGAAUGCCACCGAAGAUAACGCCAACCACACUCUCAGGUUCAACUGGACAAUUGGCACAGAGAGCGCCCUGGACUCGUCCUUCUUCUGGGGUUACCUUGUGACUCAAGUACCAGGAGGAUUCCUCGCCUCCCUGUACCCUGCGAACAAGAUAUUUGGGGCUGCAAUUGCCGUAUCUUCGUUUUUAAAUCUGUUGGUACCUGGCGCACUGAGCAUCCAUCCAAUUGUCGAUAUGAUUGUACAGGUCAUAAAAGGAUUGGUGGAGGGUGUUACGUAUCCAGCGUGUCACGGUAUCUGGAAAUAUUGGGCACCACCGUUGGAAAGAUCGCGUUUAGCGACAUUGGCAUUUUGCGGUUCUUACGCUGCUAUGGUAAUAGGAAUGCCACUCUCGGGCCUUUUAACUUCGACCUUUGGCUGGGCAGCGUCCUUUUAUUUCUAUGGUAUUUGCGGAUUGAUUUGGUACUGUUUCUGGUUGUGGCUGGCAUUCGAGAAGCCAUCGAAACACCCUUGUAUUUCGGCACGUGAGUUGCGUUACAUCGAAGAUUCACUUGGCCAAGGACAAUCGCAGUUACCUAUGGCGAUGCCAACAUUCGCGACGACACCAUGGCGAAAAUUUCUGACGUCCAUGCCAGUUCACGCAAUUAUCGUAGCUAAUUUCUGCAGAUCCUGGAACUUCUAUCUUCUAGUGCUCUUUCAAGCUCGUUUUAUGCACGAGGCUUUCGACAUGCCUCUAGUUGAAACUGGUGUAAUUGGCUCGCUCCCACAUCUGUUGAUGACGAUGAUCGUGCCUUGCGGAGGUCUGUUGGCUGAUUACAUUCGCAAACGUGGAAUAUUGUCAACAACAAACGUCAGGAAGCUGUUUAACUGUGGCGGUUUUGGUAUGGAGGCUUUAUUCUUCUUGGUGGUAUCUCACGCAACCAUGAAAAGAAAUGGGACAGCGGCAAUCUUCGCGCUAGCGUGUGGUGUCGCGUGCAGUGGUUUUGCCAUUUCUGGCUUCAACGUAAACCAUUUGGACAUCGCUCCCAGAUAUGCCAGUAUCUUGAUGGGAAUGUCGAAUGGAAUUGGAACGAUAGCGGGUCUGUUAGUACCCUUCUUUGUAGACAACAUCACAGAGAAGAAGGACACUCAAAGUUGGAGAAACGUGUUUAUCAUAGCAGCGUGCGUGCACAUAUUCGGUGUAAUAUUUUAUGGAUUUUUUUGUUCCGGAGAGCUACAACCUUGGGCUGAUCCUAAUUUGGACGAGCAAAAGACGUUCGCUAUGGAUGAAUUUGGACAAGCGAAACCACCUCUUCCUCCACCACCGAAGACUAUGCAAUCCGAAUUCAUAAGACAACCAUCCAUGGGUGAUGGUGCAGCCGACGACUGGAAUAAUUACGAUCAACCACCAGCUGCGGAUAACAUAUACGCUCAACAAGAAAAACCACCGGUGAUAAGCUACGGAUCAACGGAAACCAAUAGCAACAAUCCCUUCCAUUCUACAAAUCCCUUCGCCAGCGAUGUAAACGCAUCUCUGGUACAACCACCAGCGACGACCGAUUACGCAUACGACGUAACACAGCAGAAUCAACAGUGGAAUUAAAUUCAUCGAUUCCCGAACAAAUUGGACGGACGUAAGGAUAUCUGUUUAAGCUGACUGAUCAUUUAAUCGAUUAUGUUUGUUUCAUAACUGCGUCUAGUACUUCAAUGAGUCCAUUUGCUUACUGUUGCCUAUCAUUGCGACGAUGUGAAUUUUGAUAAAACAUUUUCCAUAGUAAUUUCUCUUUGAAUAUUUUUCGGAGAUUUCUUCUUUUAACAAGAGAAUUACUUUCUUCUAGGAUUAGAUGGGAAGUAUUUACAUUGUUUCAACAAAAGCUGGUUACUCAUUUUUUUCUAAAAAUUGAGCACACACACAUUUAAUCCUUUUGCUGUAAAAAGGGUAUAUAUAUAUAAGCAGAAUUUUUAAAACACAUUAAAUGCAAUUACGGGUGAUUUAUCUUUUUUUUAUUUAACGAAUAAAAGCAGGAAGUUUAAGAUACUUAUGGAAAGAUAUAAAGUAAGCAACUAUUAAGAAAUUGAAGUACUAGAGGUUUACUGAAAGAGCAUCAAAAUAAUUUCUUAACAACUUAUGAUGUUGAAACAUCAAUCGAUACAGAAUUGCUGGCUUUGUAUUCUCAAUUGAAGUACAAGGAAAUGUUCUCUUUUUGCAAUACCUAAGAGUGCAGGGUAUGGUGCUGUAAGUUGAUGCACACGAAUCGACCAAACAAAACGUUUGAACGUAAAAAGAGGCUUGAGAUAUCCACAAAAGAGUAUCAAGAAGCGUCGAAAACGACUUAGAAAGUGGAUAUCGAAAUAUCGUAAGAUCUUUUAAGAAAACAUUCGAUCGAAAACAGAAUUAUAAGAAAUCAAGAAAGAAACUUUCUACAUUAAUUAUUUAUCAGUAUAACUUGCGCAUUUCGAAGUGAAACCAAGCUGACUAUUUUAUAAAUCUGACAUUGGCCUGCUGGUUAUGUAAAUCGUCCAUUUGGUAACCUUUAAUGUAAUCGCAAACGAAGAAGUGGACAUGAGUGGCCUAAUUGAGAAGCAACUCGAAGGUCGUAAUAAUCUUUUAAGAAAACAUUUCAACUAUUGCUACUUAUUUAGACUCUUACUAUGGAACUAAAAAAUUUAUACGAGCAUACUUAUAUGCAGACAAUAAGCAACUGCCAAACCUUCGUAGACAAUAAUUUGAUAAUCAAAGACAAUAAUACUAAGAAGGUUUGGCGAAGCGACGGUGGAAAAAUCAGUUCAGCACGAUCGCUGAAACUUUUAGGUAUUUUCUAUGUUACUCUUCAGUUUGGCACUGGUAGCAGAUAAUUCAACGAUGAGAAAGUUUAGAAACAUAGCAAUAAAAAAAAACCAAUAUUGAAAGUAUUAUGCUGAUUGUCGAGAGUGAAAAACGAAGAAUGGUAUGCACGUCGCAGUUAUGGCGCGUAUUUUUGAAAUAGUACAACCCGGUCCUCGAUGAUAAGCGAACGUACGGUAACUAGAACGAAUUAAUUAUCGAAACGUCAAUAUUUUAACAGUGGGCUGGCGGGUUCUGUUAAUUAAUGCAUUACUCGAGAACGCUGCUUCGUAUAAGCGUUGGAACACGAGAAAGGCAUUAAUACGUUUAUUCGGGUACAAGACGUAUCAUAGACGAGAUUACGUUACUUAAGCCUUUCGAGUUUAAAUGUAAUACACAAAAACACGGAUCCUAGCGGAAACGUAUCUGAAACGUAUGAAAGUAUUCGUAAGAAAGUGAUAAGAUGAAAGUAUUAGUACGUUAAGGCAUUAAAGUACCGUAGGGCUCUAUUUGUUGGGACCUGAUCUCUUCGAGUGAAUUCUCAUCUUGUGCACCGACAAGAGGAUCUUCCAUAGAAUUGAUAGCCUCUUCAAACACGUAUCUUCCUUCAUUUUUUUUACCGUUCCUCUUAUUUGAAAUUCAAAUCAUAUUAAUAAUUUAUCGUGAUACUACAAGAUACUAUAACUUUAAUAAUAAAAACUCUAUUUCAAGCUCUAUUAAUGUGAAACACGUCAUAUAUGAAACGUAGUAGUAUGUUCGAGUUGAAAUAUGUAAUUAGCGUUUAUACGGUGAUUUUUCUGAGCGUAGAACAGCACAUUUUUAAAUAGGCCACGGAUUUUUAUGUGUCUACGUAAAACUUAAGGAUGCAACAAUUGACAGGAUACAGUAUAUAGAAAUAUAAAAAUAUAAAAAUACGAAAUAUUCAAAGUAGAAUACUCGUUAUAAUUUUUCAGAAACAAAACUUCUACUUACCUUCUGUUUCGUUAGUCGUGUCCGUAAAAGUAUAAAUCUGUAUAAAAAUCCGCAGUCCACUUAUUAAACAGAAAUGCUGAAUCACUGAACGCUUAAUAUGAAACAAAGAAACAGAGGAGAGUCUAUUUCUAACAACGAACAAUUAACAUAAAAGUCCAUAUACAGUUAAAGCUGGAUCAAUAGAAUUCCGAUACGAUUACGAUAAUAGAUAUCAAGGAUAUCGUAGCUUUCAACGAAGGUAAUCAGCAAAUAUCCCAUUAAUGUUUAGAUGAUUUUACAGUGCGUGAUGUACAGCGCAAAGAUAAUAUCGUGUUUGAAGAAGCUAAGCAAUUUAGCUAUCACAAUUUAGAAAUUCGUGAAUAUGUCAAUAUCGAUAUGUUAUUCGAAGCUUCUCACGAUACGUCGUAAUGUUUCUUGAAAAAUGGUGUAUAGACGGUAUCGAGAUCCUGGAGUUAUUCAGAACAACGGUGCCACGGUUCGGAUACAUCGAGUUCUACUGUACGUAUUUGAUGAAAGUAUAUCCAUGAAAGUUCGAACGUCAGUUCGAGAAUUAGGAACAAGUCGCGUUAUUAUACAUUUGUCCUAGGUGUUUAUACUUCAUAAUUGUUAUACAUACAUAGUAUUCACACAUGGGCAUUUACACGGUACACAUGGGCAUUCACACACAUACACACAUAUACGUACAAAAGAGUAUAUAUAUAUAUAUAUUUCGUUACUAUAUUCGAACGUUGUUGGUGAUUUUUCAUCGCCGAUAUCAGAGAACAGAAUAUAUACACGUUGAGGAUGAUAUAACAUCCAAUUUAUUGCAUUAUUUCAUGGUCGAGUCGUAACGAUAUAGAUGUAUACGUAUACAUAUUCGUACGUUGAGAAAUAAUACGUGAUACAUGUACGGAUAUCGAUCGAUCGUUUGUCAAAUUUUAAUUCAGCAGGCAAAAAAUUAAGAAAUAGUAAUUGCUCUGUCGAAAGUAGGAAAAAGUAUUCAGGAUCGAUAUUACAC